AUGGCGCCGGCGGAGGUGCUGGGCGCCGAGGUGGGGCGCAAGAUGGUGCUGCAGCAGGCGGAAGCGGGCCAGCAGCGUCCAUCGUCGUCAUCGGCCGCCGUUGCGAAAGUGGAGGCGGAAAGUAAGGGAAAGGUGGAUCAGGUGGUCGUGGCGGCAGCGGCACCUCGGAUGCUGCCGCCUUUGUCGAGCAAGGCAGAGAAGUUCCCGGCGCGGCCGGGGUUUGGGACCGUUGGGAAGAGGUGCCGAGUUCGCGCCAACCAUUUUCUGGUGCAGGUCGCAGAGAAGGAGAUCUACCAUUACGAUGUGGUGAUUAAUCCGGAAACUAGGUCUCGCGAACGAAACAGAUUGAUAAUCAAUGAACUUGUUAGAUUGCACAAACAAUACUUGGAUGGCAGACUACCUGUUUAUGAUGGUAGAAAGAGCAUCUAUACUGCUGGUGCCCUCCCAUUCACGAACAAAGAAUUUGUCGUGAAACUUGCGAAAGCGAACCAACGGGAGGAGGAAUACAAGGUGACAAUAAAGCACGCUUCAAAUCUAGAUCUGUACAGUCUUCGGCAGUUCUUGGCUGGUAGGCAGAGGGAGUUGCCGCAGGACACUAUCCAGGCGCUUGACAUUGCUCUUAGAGAAUGCCCCACCACAAAGUAUGUAUCUAUCUCAAGAUCAUUUUUCUCUCAGUAUGGACAUGGUGGUGACAUUGGCAACGGUGCGGAAUGCUGGAGGGGGUAUUACCAAAGUCUCCGCCCCACACAGAUGGGAUUGUCACUAAAUAUUGAUAUAUUGGCAACAGCAUUUUACAAGGCCCAGCCAGUGAUGGCUUUUGCAGUUGAAUAUCUGAAUAUGCGAGAUGCUUCAAGGCCCUUAUCUGAUCAGGAUCGUCUUAAGCUGAAGAAAGCUCUUAGAGGUGUCCGGGUUGUGGCCACUCAUCGGAAAGAUAAAACCAUACGUUACAAGAUCAGUGGGAUACCAGCAGCUCCAUUGAAGGAAUUAAUGUUUGAUCAAGAUGGGGUGCGCAUAUCAGUUGUCCAGUACUUCAAGCAGCAAUACAAUUACUCUUUGAAAUAUACUAACUGGCCAUGCCUUCAAGCUGGCAGUGAUAGCCGACCAAUAUAUUUGCCUAUGGAGGUUUGCAGCAUCGUCGAGGGACAACGGUAUUCUAGAAAGCUGAAUGAACGCCAAGUUACAGGCAUACUGAGGAUGGCGUGUGAAAGACCCGCUCAAAGGGAGAGCAGUGUUCUAGAGAUUGUCAAUAGGAAUAAUUAUGGCAAUGACCACUACUCAAAAGAAUUUGGCAUGAAUGUGAUGAACCAACUUACCUUGGUUGAUGCGCGUGUACUUCCUGCCCCAAGGCUAAAAUAUCACGACUCUGGACGAGAUAGAGUAUGUAAUCCUUCCCUAGGACAAUGGAAUAUGAUUAACAAGAGAAUGGUCAAUGGAGGAUCCAUGAACUAUUGGGCGUGCAUAACUUUUUCUUCUCGCCUGCACCCAAAUGAUAUUGGCCUGUUUUGCCACGAUUUGGCCCAGAUAUGCAAUAACAUUGCAAAUGAAUAUGAUAUGAAACCAUGCGUGGAUAUCACACAACCGCGCCGUCAGGAGAGUGUCGAGUCUGCAAUCAGAAAUAUCCAUAGGCAUUCUUCACAAGUGCUUGCUGAGCAAGGUCUAACAGGGAAGCAACUUGAGUUAUUAAUCAUCAUAUUACCUGAUAUUAGCGGUUCUUAUGGGAGGAUAAAACGGCUUUGUGAAACUGAGCUUGGUCUAAUGACUCAAUGCUGCUUACCUAAGAAUGUCCAAAAGGGUGGGAAACAGUAUCUUGAAAAUCUUUCCCUGAAGAUCAACGUUAAGACCGGGGGGAGCAAUACGGUACUUGAAGAUGCUUUGUACAAGAGGAUACCACUUUUAACAGAUGUGCCUACAAUAGUUUUUGGAGCUGAUGUGACCCACCCGUCUCCUGGAGAAGAUGCGUCUCCAUCUAUUGCAGCGGUAGUUGCAUCCAUGGAUUGGCCAGAAGUGACAAAGUACAAAUGUUUGGUCUCUUCACAAGGUCAUAGGGAAGAAAUCAUAGCUGACCUUUUCUCAGAAGUGAAAGAUCCACAGAACGGACUUGUUGCCGGUGGAAUGAUAAGGGAACUGCUUGUUUCAUUCUACAAAGCAACCAAGUGCAAACCUAGCAGGAUUAUAUUUUAUAGAGAUGGUGUUAGCGAGGGACAGUUUAGCCAAGUCUUGCUUUAUGAAAUGGACGCAAUACGCAAGGCUUGUGCUACUCUGCAGGAGGGCUACCUCCCACCAGUUACAUUUGUUGUUGUGCAAAAGAGGCAUCACACUCGCCUAUUUCCUGAAAAUCAUCGUGCACGAGAUUUGACAGAUAGAAGUGGAAAUAUCCUACCUGGAACUGUUGUUGACACAAAGAUCUUCCAUCCUACUGAGUUUGAUUUUUACCUUUGUAGCCACGCUGGCAUUCAGGGAACUAGCCGCCCUACACAUUAUCAUGUUCUUCUUGACGAAAACGGUUUCAGCGCUGAUGCUCUGCAAACCUUGACCUACAAUCUUUGCUACACGUAUGCCCGGUGCACCCGUUCAGUAUCAAUAGUUCCUCCAGCGUAUUAUGCACACCUGGGAGCCUUCCGUGCGCGUUACUACAUGGAGGAUGAGUUCUCUGACCAGGGUUCAUCCUCCGCAGCAACUUCACAGCGGUCUGGGCUUGCAAAGCAGCUCCCGAAGAUCAAGGACAAUGUCAAAGAGUUCAUGUUCUACUGCUGA